GUUGUGGAAGUAAAAAAACAAAAAAUAUUGCCUUCCCUGGUGUGGCGACGCUGCCGAGUAGGCGUAAUUUGCAUUUAACCCGUACAUCCUGCACAUCCAAAGGUUGUUAUCUUCUCCAGGCAAGAUUAUCCGUUGGAUGAAUUGAACAUGCAAGUUAUUUAUGGCCGCCUAUUUUUAAUUUUCGUUUGUGGGGUAACCAUAGGUUCGCAUUUCGGCUGGAUUUGCGACAAAUUCAGCUUCAGAUUAAUGCAAAAGAGGAUCAGAUUUUGGGUGUAUUUAUAUUUGUAAAUCGUAUUGGUACGAGCAGAACCCAAAUUGCGAAAAUUGGAAAGACGCAUUGUACAGAUCUCUGGAAGUGCAGGCAUCGAAGGCUUAGCCUAAAAGAGACCCCAAUUUGUCACUUUACGAUACAGCCUAUGAGAAACGACGUUUUCGGUUUGCACCCACUUGUAAAAUUUGAUUUUCCAUAUGGACAUUUGAGUGCCUAGAUGAAAUUGUUGAGCACCCAAUGAAAAGUUUGAGGACCCAGUUAAAAAUUUUGAGCACUUGUCAGAGCACGCAGUUGGUAAUUUUGGGAACACUAAUGAAAAUUUUGACUAACGACAUGGAGUUUAUGUCAAUACAGAUGGAAAUUUUGAGCACCUCUAUGAAAAUUUAGAACACCCGGAUGAAAAUUGCAGUAGUCAGAUGAAAAAUUUGAGCAUCCACAUGAAGUAUUGAGGUUCUGGAGUAAUGGUUUGGUGCUGUCAUGGCUUUCAAUACGGCUUUGAAUUCUGUUCAGGCGCUGGGCCGGGGAUUUGACGCCACUUCAGAUAUCAAGUUGCUUUAUUGUAAGGGAGUUGCUGGGUCGAGGCUUGUUGAGGUAGAUGAGGAACAUACGAGGGAUGUCAUGGCGUCUGAGUGUAUUCCUGUGCCCUUUGUUUCUAGAGAUAUCAAAUGCGUGGAGGGGAAAUCUAAUCAUUUUCAAACUGGUGUCCUGGACUUCCACCAGAUGGCAGAAUAUUUCAACAAACCCUUCUCUCUGUCUGGUAAAAUUCCUCUUGGGAGCUUCAAUGCCAUGUUCAAUUUCUCUGGUUCCUGGCAAGCUGAUCGAGCAUCCACCAAGAGCCUUGCUGUGGAUGGAGUUUCCAUUGUAUUGUACACAGUUCGAUUGAUUAAAUUUCCCUUGGUUUUGCGAGAAGAAGUCAAGCGUGCUAUUCCAUUGACAUGGGAGCCUACAGAUUUAGCAAGCUUUAUUGAAACGUAUGGGACACAUAUUGUUACAUCUGUAACAGUUGGUGGUAGAGAUGCCAUUUACGUUAAGCAGCAUCACACAUCACCAUUAUCAGAGAGAGAAAUGCAUGAUUAUGUAAAGAAUAUUGCAGAUCAAAGGUUUUCUGAUCUGGAAAAUUCUCUCAGUUUUAGUGCAAGGACUGUUAAGGAGAAGAUUGCGGAUCAAUUUCCAUUUAAUAACCAGGAGAUUCAUCCACACCCUACUCAUCCUACUUCAUAUCUCACUGCCAAAGAAGAUGUGAGAGUCAUUUUUAGGAGAAGAGGAGGCAACGAGCUUGUACAUAGUCAUAAAGAAUGGGCAACUACAGUAAACUCUUCACCAGAUGUCAUAGACAUGGAGUUUUCUCCCAUAACAUCUCUUUUGGAUGCAGUUCCUGGAAAAGAUCAUCUUAUCCGUGCAAUCAGUUUCUAUUUAGAGUAUAAACCUCCAAUUGAAGAGCUCAGGUAUUUCUUGGAAUUUCAAGUUCUUCGUGUAUGGGCUCCACUUCCUAGUGAACUGCCUGGGCAACAACGGAAGGAGCCAGUUUGCCCUUCCCUACAAUUUAGUUUGAUGGGGCCUAAACUUUAUGUUUGCACAUCUCAGGUAUCUGUUGGUCGAAGACCAGUGACAGGCCUUAGAUUGGGCCUUGAAGGGAAAAAGUGCAAUAGACUUGUUAUUCAGUUGCAGCAUUUGUCAUCGCUUCCUAAGAUUUUACGACCGCAUUGGGAUGCACAUAUACCAAUCGGGCCUCCUAAAUGGCAGGGACCAGAAGAACAAGAUAGCAGAUGGUUUGAACCUGUUAAAUGGAAGAACUUCUCCUAUGUUAGCACUGCACCUGUGGAGAAUAGUGAAAUGUGGAUAGGCGAUCUUUCUGGUGUAUAUAUUGUUACUGGAGCACAACUAGGUGUUUGGGAUUUUGGGCAAAAAAAUGUUUUGCACCUUAAACUUUUAUAUUUGAAAGUCCCAGGUUGUACCAUUCGAAGAUCGGUGUGGGAUCAUACACCAGCUUCUGUCAUGGCAGCUGCAUCUUCUUCAAACCACCAGUCCAAGAAGUCAGAUGCACCAGCUAAUUCUGGUUCAGAGUUAACUGUCCAAAAUGGGAAAUUUACGAAAAUUGUUGAUUUAACGGAAAUGAUCAGGGGACCCCAUGAUAUGCCUGGUCAUUGGAUAGUUAGUGGUGCAAAGUUGGGGGUUGAGAAAGGAAAAAUUGUGUUGCGUGCAAAGUAUUCACUACUGAAUUAUUAAUCCAAGCACAUGCCAGUCUCCUAAGUGAUCGAUAAUCAGGAGAAGUUUGCACACUUAUAAUGUUUUGAAAGAAGUUGAGCUUCCACUUAUAAUGCAUGUGUUGGUUUGCAUAUAUCUUGAAGGUUUCUAAUGCAGGUUUGCAUUGUCAAGGACUUUUAACAAUUGUUUAUAUAGUUUACUCUCUGUCAAAGCAUUCAAAAGCAGGUUUCUACUAUAGAAAUUAGUAAUAAUAAAAUAAUUAUGAAUUUAGGUUUCUA